AUGACUAGUACAGGGUUGACAGAGGAGGAGGAAAAUAAAUACAUGAUAUUUAUAAAGAACUUGAUGAAAAAUGGUAGAAAUUUUGUAGGAUACCCAAUAACCCAAAGAAUUAUCGAAAUAACUAGAAAAUAUGGGAAUAGCAUUAUAAAGAAUACGGAACAUUACCAAGUUGUAGUUAAUUUUGAAAGUAAAUAUAAGCAUGGUGAGGACCACCCAAGUUCCUUGGCACUUGCAAUUCUUAAUGUAUGUCAAGAUCUUCAUAAAAAUCAUAUAAUUUCGUCUGAUCAGUAUGCUGAAUAUUACAAUACACCGAUUACACUCGACAGCUUUGAACGUGAAGCUGGACAAAAAGAAUUAGCUAAAUUAAUUGCGUUUUAUCAACCAUAUAUUAAUUACCUUAAUUUAAGGGAAUUAAAACCUGACCCAAAGAACAAAAAGAUGUAA